UUAUGAUCUCGGAGGUGAAAAAGUAUUUUUUAAUAAUCUAGAUUUUUAACCGGGUCAGACCCGGGCCUGUUUGAUAAGCACGAGUAAAAUGACGAAUUUACAGCAUGUAGUCGUCCCUCCCCUCUAUACGCACGUGCCUUGUUAAAAACAUGGGUAAACUUGAAAAUACAGUAGUGAUGAGUACGUGGGUAUUCCCCUACGUAGUUGAAUAGGCAUCGAGUCAAUUCUCAAUACCCCGCCAACUCACAGAAGACCCCUCUUUAUAGCAGUGGUAUGCUUUAAGCUUUUUGAACUAAGAACAAACAAAACUCGUGUAUUUUCCCUUUAUUGUAUCCUAAUCUUACUGGAUUCUCCAUUAAGGUUCUCUGCCUGAUUCCCUUCUCUAUCAAGCCUUAGCCCUCAACAAAGCCCACCCCUUUCUCUCUCCAUUUCACCCUUUCUAACCACCAACCCGUCAAAGCACCGUUAGCUGUGUACCUUGCAUUGAAAUCCUAGUUAUGGCUUCUGGGGUUCUCUUAAAGCUGCUUCUUUGUGAUUAUGAGGGCUUGUGGGUCGAUAAUAGAAAUGCUAAUUCAGCUAAAGAAAUCAAGAUUUUUGCGAAGCUAGGACCUUCCUUUGUGGUUCCUGUAAAGGAAAGAUUGAUUGGGCAAAAAAUCAUUUUUUUGUACCUCAACGUGGUUCACUAGCAAUGUUUUGCUGAGACUAAGUAUCCAUUCAACAUUACGGACAUUCUUUUCGUUCUUUGGUUUUAAUUUACAUGAAUUUAGUUCUCAUGGUAUUAGUAAAGUUUUACCGUACUUGAUGGAAUGACUUCAAAUAGAAGGGCCUUUGUAAGCUGGACAUUCAGGGGUUGUUAUUAAUGGCGGACCUUAAAGAACGCCUGCUCCCUCCAAAACCAGCAUCAGCUAUAAACCUUAGAGAUUCAUCUUAUCGAUCAUCUUCCUCUGGACGCCAACCUUUCCAAGGUGUUGAUGUUCUGGGUUUGAAAAAGCGUGGCCAAGGCCUUCGAUCAUGGAUUCGUGUUGAUUCAUCUGGAAAUUCUCAAAUUAUUGAGGUUGACAAGUUCACUAUGAUGCGUCGUUGUGAUCUACCUGCUCGUGAUUUACGCCUGCUCGAUCCUCUUUUUGUUUACCCCUCAACAAUCCUUGGUAGAGAGAAGGCUAUAGUUGUAAACUUGGAGCAGAUUCGGUGUAUUAUUACGGCUGAUGAGGUUCUACUCCUAAAUUCCCUUGACAGCUAUGUGCUGCAGUACGUGGUGGAGCUACAAAGGCGAUUGAUGACACCAGGGGUGGGUGAGGUAUGGCAGUCAGAAGGUGCUGAAUUGAAUCGAAGGAGAAGUAGGAAUUUUGACAAUGUAUUUGGGAAUGCAUCCCCCGAUUAUUUGCCCUUUGAGUUUAGGGCUCUUGAAGUUGCUCUGGAAGCUGCUUGUACAUUCCUUGAUUCUCAGGCAGCAGAAUUAGAAAUUGAAGCAUACCCAUUACUAGAUGAACUGACAUCCAAGAUCAGUACGUUAAACUUGGAGCGUGUACGGCGAUUAAAAAGCAGACUUGUUGCCUUGACUCGGAGGGUUCAGAAGGUAAGGGAUGAGAUUGAGCAGCUCAUGGAUGAUGAUGGAGAUAUGGCUGAAAUGUAUCUCACUGAAAAGAAAAGUCGGAUGGAAUCAUCGUUCUAUGGCGAUCAAUCUUUGAUGGGAUUUAGAUCAAAUGAUGGUGGGACAUCUAUUUCCGCACCAGUUUCUCCUGUUUCAUCACCCCCUGAAUCACGAAAACUUGAGAAAAGCCUGAGCAUUGCAAGGAGCCGACAUGAGAGUAUGAGGAGUUCUGAAAGUGCUACUGAGAAUAUAGAAGAGCUGGAGAUGUUGCUAGAAGCUUACUUUGUUGUCAUUGAUAGCACCCUGAACAAGUUGACAUCGUUGAAGGAAUACAUUGAUGAUACAGAGGAUUUCAUCAACAUUCAGCUGGACAAUGUCCGAAAUCAGCUGAUCCAAUUUGAGCUUCUACUCACAACAGCAACAUUUGUUGUCGCCAUUUUUGGAGUGGUGGCAGGUAUCUUUGGCAUGAAUUUCGCCGUACCAUUGUUUGAUGAUGCUGGUGCAUUUAAGUGGGUCCUCAUAAUUACUGGAGUUACCGGAGUCAUCAUAUUUUGUGCGUUUGUAUGGUUCUUCAAGUACAGAAGGCUUAUGCCACUAUAAACUUUUAAAACAUGUUUGGAACUCUCUUUUGAAACCAUUUCAAGGAAAUUUUAAAUGAAA